AUGGCCGAAAAGAAGCCUAAUUUCCUGAUAAUCGUCGCCGAUGAUUUAGGGUUUAGCGAUACGUCUCCUUAUGGAGGCGAGAUCGAUACCCCCAAUCUACAGAAGCUAGCCGACGAGGGAAUCCGCAUGACGGGUUUCCACACAGCUGCAUCAUGCUCUCCUACGAGAGCCAUGCUUCUGUCCGGUACAGACUCACAUAUCGCCGGGUUGGGCGUAAUGGCUGAGAAAAUAAAAAAGGCUCCGGGCAUCUUUAAAGAUAGGCCUGGCUACGAGGGAUACCUUAACUAUCGUGUCGCUGCUCUAGGGGAGAUUCUUCAAGAUGCAGGAUACUUUACGCUCAUGAGUGGGAAGUGGCAUCUGGGUCUAAAGAAAGAGCUUGGCCCUCAUGCGAGAGGGUUUACAAAGGUCCUCUCUACACUUCCUGGGGCUGGAAACCACUUCAACCACGAGCCACAGUUGUAUGACCUUAAGGAAACCCCGUCGGCUAUUUUCAAGGGCGACGGAAUAUGGAUGAAACAUUCAGAGUUUAUCAACGGGAGUACAGACCUACCUAAGGACUUCUAUUCCUCCAACACAUUUACCGACUAUUUCCUGGAUUUCUUGAAGGAAAGGACCGCAGAAGAGAAGUCCCGACCCUUCUUUGGCUACCUCCCAUUUACGGCUCCCCACUGGCCACUGCAAGCACCGCAAGAGACAAUCGCAAAAUAUCGUGGCAAGUAUGACGAUGGACCUAUCGCCUUACGGGAUCGUAGACUUAAGAGCUUAAUCGAAAAGGGGCUCGUGCCCCCUGAUGUCGAGCCAGCACCUAUGCACAUGCUAAAGACAAGACCUUGGGACGAACUAUCGGACGCAGAGAAGAGAAAGUCAUCUCGAGCCAUGGAAGUUUUUGCAGCCAUGGUCGAUCUUAUUGAUGUCAACAUCGGCCGCGUACGAGCUUACCUAGAAGAGACAGGCGAGCUUGAUAAUACCUUCGUUGUCUUCAUGUCCGAUAACGGGGCAGAGGGACAACUGCUUGAAGCCUUACCUAUCUUGGCUGGCUACACGGUAGAAGAUAUCGUUAAGAAAUACUACGAUAAUUCUCUGGAAAAUAUUGGCAAUCACAACUCCUUCGUAUGGUACGGACCUCAAUGGGCCGGGGCGGCGACAGCUCCAGCACGUGGGGCAAAAUCACACUCGACCGAAGGAGGGAUCCAUUGCCCUUGUAUCAUUAGAUAUCCACCCGCACUGAAACAGGUCGGGCUAGUCGCCAGUACGUUUACUACGGUUAUGGAUAUUGUUCCGACCAUACUAGACCUCGCAGGCUUGAAACACCCGAGUCCCAUCUUCCGCGGCCGCGAAAUCGUACCCGUCCGUGGAAAGUCUUGGAGACGGAUCUUAGAGCAUCCGGAAGACGAAACUCUGCAGAUAUAUAACGGUACGGACAUAGUCGGCUGGGAGCAGCUUGGAAUAGCAGCAGUCAGGGUGGGAGAAUGGAAAGCGCUAUUCCUCCCUCCUCCCAAGGGUCCUGGUAAGUGGGAGCUCUACGAUUUAUCAAAGGACCUUGGCGAAGUCCACGAUCUAGCAGAAGGCCACCCGGAGAAGCUGAAGGAAAUGCUUCGACACUACGAGACGUACUUCCAAGAGACGGGUAUGUUCGAUUCAUAUACGAUGUACCAGGAGGCGCUGAAGCAGAGAAAGGCAGAGAAAGCGAAUGCGAAAACGGACAAGGAUCAGUACACGCCAUAUGUCAAAGUCAUCCGCGAGGGCUUAGCUUUCGUACAAGAAAAGUUUCACCAGCUUAUAAAAGGGUACUGGGGCGAGGAAUAG